AUGUCGAAUACAUUCACGCCCAAGAAUAUCCUGAUUACAGGAGCUGCCGGAUUCAUCGCCUCCCAUGUGGCCAACCGGCUCGUCCGGAACCAUCCGGACUAUAAGAUCGUGGUCCUCGACAAGCUCGAUUACUGCUCCAACCUGAAGAAUCUCCUUCCCUCCAACCCUUCUCCCAAUUUCAAGUUCGUCAAGGGCGAUAUUGGAAGUGCCGACCUCGUCAACUAUCUCCUCAUCACUGAAAACAUCGACACCAUCAUGCACUUUGCCGCUCAAACCCAUGUCGACAACUCGUUCGGCAACAGCUUCGAGUUCACCAAAAACAACAUCUACGGGACCCACGUGCUUCUCGAGGCCUGCAAGGUCACCGGCCAGAUUCGCCGCUUCAUUCACGUCAGCACCGAUGAGGUGUACGGCGAGACUGACGAGGAUGCUGUUGUAGGCAAUCACGAGGCUUCUCAGCUCCUCCCCACGAACCCUUACUCUGCCACUAAGGCUGGAGCCGAGAUGCUCGUCAUGGCGUACGGUCGUUCCUACGGGCUGCCUGUGAUCACCACCCGGGGGAACAAUGUCUAUGGCCCGAAUCAAUUCCCCGAGAAGCUGAUCCCAAAAUUCAUCCUACUGGCAAUGAGGGGAAAGACUCUCCCGAUCCACGGAGAUGGGUCUAACGUUAGGAGUUACCUCUACUGUGAGGAUGUUGCUGAGGCUUUUGAGGUGGUUCUGCACAGAGGGGAAGUCGGGCAUGUUUACAAUAUCGGGACUAAGAAGGAGAGAAGGGUGAUCGAUGUUGCCAUGGACAUAUGCAAAUUGUUCAAUAUGGACCCGGAGAAGAGCAUCGAGUUUGUCGAGAACAGGCCGUUUAAUGAUCAAAGGUACUUUCUUGACGAUCAGAAGCUUAAGAAUCUCGGUUGGUCCGAGAGGACCACUUGGGAGGAGGGUCUGAGGAAGACCAUGGAGUGGUACACGAGCAACCCCGACUGGUGGGGCGAUGUUUCGGGAGCUCUGAUCCCCCACCCAAGGAUGCUGAUGAUGCCAGGUGGCACCGAGAAGCACGAGCCCAUCAAGGCUCAUGACUCGUUGGUAACCCAAAACUCGAGGGACAAUGGGCCCUCGGCCCAGAAUCCGGGCCUCAAAUUCUUGAUUUACGGGCGGACAGGAUGGAUCGGCGGCUUGCUCGGUAAAAUUUGCGAGAAGCAGGGGAUUUCGUACGUGUACGGGAAGGGGCGCCUGCAGGACCGGGCCUCGAUCUUGGAGGAUAUUGCAUCUGUUAAGCCCACACAUGUUUUCAAUGCGGCUGGUGUAACUGGCAGACCUAAUGUCGACUGGUGUGAGUCCCACAAGACUGAGACGAUCCGUACCAAUGUGGUGGGAACUUUGACUUUGGCGGAUGUGUGCAGGGAGAAUGGGCUGCUGGUGAUGAACUACGCCACUGGUUGCAUAUUUGAGUAUGAUGCUGCACAUCCAGAAGGUUCCGGAAUCGGGUUUAAGGAGGAAGACACGCCGAAUUUCACUGGUUCUUUCUAUUCCAAGACGAAGGCCAUGGUGGAGGAGCUUCUGAAAGAAUACGACAAUGUGUGCACGCUUAGGGUCCGCAUGCCGAUAUCUUCGGACCUCAACAACCCGCGCAACUUCAUCACCAAGAUCUCUCGUUACAACAAGGUGGUCAACAUUCCCAACAGCAUGACUAUACUGGACGAGCUCCUCCCAAUCUCAGUCGAGAUGGCCAAACGAGACCUUAGGGGCAUAUGGAACUUCACCAACCCAGGGGUGGUGAGCCACAAUGAGAUCUUGGAGAUGUACAAGGAGUACAUUGACUCGGGUUUCAAAUGGAGCAACUUCACCUUGGAGGAGCAAGCAAAGGUCAUAGUUGCCCCAAGGAGUAACAAUGAGAUGGAUGCAUCCAAGUUGAAGAAGGAAUUCCCCGAGCUGCUGUCGAUCAAAGAGUCGCUGGUCAAGUAUGUGUUCGAGCCGAACAGGAAAACCGGCCCUGCUAAGUGA